AUGGCGGGCUUUUUCCGAGGGAGCAGCGCGCCGGGCGCAGACCGCGCCGGAGGAGAUAUUCAUAGUUUGUACGGCGGAAGCCGCGCGCCGCCGGCGCGUGUGCCGCCGCCCCAAGCGCCGCAGGUGCCGGUGCGCCAGGCGGCCGCUGCGCCGCCACCGGUGCCGGUGCGCACCGCCGAGACGCGCCAGCCGCAUGUGUUCCGUGUGGUCAAGUCGCCACAGGCGCUCAACACGAGCAACUGCGUGGUUUUGAAUCCGGAGGAGUGGGGCUCGACGCAGUACGUGCUGGUGAAUGGGCGCUACGCGUUUACCGCUCGCGCCGACACCACGCGCACGAUCCAGCCCCGGACGAUCGGCACGGCGCUGCUCCAGCGCCAGUGGGCCGCGCUCAGCGCCGAAGGGCAGGACGUGACCGUCGAGGCGUUUGAUCCGGCGCAGUUCGGCUCGGCGAUGUACCUCGGCAGCGUCGACCUCGAGCUCGACUUUCUGAGCCGCUCGAUGGCGGUGCCGGACGUGUUUGACGCGGACGAGAUGCAGCAGGUGUUCCUGCGUGCCUUUAGUGCGCACCUCCUGUCCUCGAGCCAGAUUCUCGUAUUCGAGUUCCACGGGCACAACCUGCGCGCGACGGUGCGGGGCCUCGGCUCGCUCGAGGGGCCGAGCCAGAUGGGUCUCGUUACGCCCGAGACGCAGCUCAACUUUGCCAAGGCGCCCAACUCGCCGAUACAGCUCAAGGCCAGCGGCAAGCGCGCGCGCCCGAACGCCAUCCUCCAGCCCAACUUUAAGUUUGAGGACAUGGGCAUCGGUGGUCUGGACACCGAGUUUAGUGCCAUCUUUCGCCGUGCGUUUGCCUCGCGCAUCUUUCCGCCCGCGCUGGUCGACAAGCUCGGUAUUCAGCACGUCAAGGGUCUGCUGCUGUACGGCCCGCCGGGUACCGGUAAGACGCUCAUGGCGCGCCAGAUCGGCAAGAUGCUCAACGCGGGUGAGCCCAAGGUGGUGAACGGCCCCGAGAUUCUGAGCAAGUACGUCGGUGCGAGCGAGGAAAACAUCCGCAAGCUCUUUGCCGAGGCCGAGGCCGAGCAAAAGGCCAAGGGCGAUGAAUCCGGCCUGCACAUUAUCAUCUUUGACGAGCUCGACGCGAUCUGCAAGCAGCGUGGCUCGACCGGCGGCGGCACCGGCGUCGGCGACUCGGUCGUAAACCAGCUCCUGUCCAAGAUGGACGGUGUCGACCAGCUGAACAAUAUCCUGCUCAUCGGUAUGACCAACCGUCUCGACAUGAUCGACGAGGCGCUACUGCGUCCGGGCCGUCUCGAGGUGCACAUGGAGAUCAACCUGCCGGACGAGCACGGCCGCCUGCAGAUCCUCAACAUCCAGACGGCCAAGAUGCGCACCAACGACAUCAUGGACCACGAUGUGGCGCUCGAGGAGCUCGCGACGCUCACAAAGAACUUUUCGGGUGCCGAGAUCGCGGGUCUUGUCAAGAGCGCAACGUCGUUUGCAUUCAACCGCCAUGUCAAGGUCGGCACCAUGGCCGGCAUCUCGGACGACGUCGAAAACAUGCGCGUGAACCGCGAAGACUUUAUGUGCGCGCUCGACGAGGUGAAGCCGGCGUUUGGUGUGGCCGAGGAGGAGCUGCAGCAGGUCGUGCGCAACGGCAUCAUGCACUAUGCGCCGCACAUUGACGUGAUUUUGCGCGACGGCCAGCUGCGUGUCGAGCAGGUGCGCACAAGCCAGCGCACGUCGCUCGUCACCGCACUCCUCUACGGCCCGGCAGGCUCGGGCAAGACGGCGCUUGCGGCGACGAUCGCGAUGGCGUCCGACUUCCCCUUUAUCAAGCUCAUUGCGCCGGAGAACAUGGUCGGCAUGAACGAGCAAGGAAAGAUUGCGUACCUGAACAAGGUGUUUAACGACGCGUACAAGAGCCCGCUGAGCAUCAUUGUCCUCGAUUCGAUCGAAAAGAUCAUCGAGUGGGUGCCGAUCGGCCCCCGCUUCUCGAACCCGGUGCUGCAGGCCCUGUCGGUGCUCCUCGGGAAGCAGCCGCCCAAGGACCGCCGCCUGCUCGUGCUUGCGACGACGUCCAACAAGCCGAUGCUGACCGAGAUGGACAUUGGCGACGCGUUCCUCGCCGACAUUCGCGUGCCGGCCAUCACGUCGCUGCGCAGCAUCGACCACGUCCUGCGCCAGACGCAGCUCUUUGCGUCGGAGGAGGCGCAUGCGCGCUGCCUGCAGCUCCUUGCGCACGCCGGCCUGAACGAGGAAGGAAAGAUCUCGAUCGGCAUCAAGAAGCUCCUCUCCGAGAUCGAGAUGGCGCGCCUCGACGCGGACCCCGCGGACAAGCUGGCAGCGGCACUCAACUUUCUCUAA